AUGGUUAUUGAUCGAGCUAAAGACGAACUUUUGGAUCUUUUGCGUCGUCUUUUCGUAAAAAUUGAGAAGCCUGUCCCAGCCUUAUACGAAAACUCUUAUAUUGCUAACACAGAAAAUGGAUUGUCCAAUUUAUCGGCCUAUCUUAACGUGGAACGUUCAAAGUCAUUAAAUAGUGCUUUGAAAAAAUGUAAUCGUAGUGCCGAAGAGAAGAAGGUUGUUAGUUUUGCCGACUCUAUGGGCCUAGACCUAUGCCAUAUUAGACCAAUUUUCCCUUACAACACCAGUGAUGAAGAACUUUUUUCAUCUUCUCCUCCAGUUGUCAAUCCUACAAUAAGAAGCUCGAAUCAGUCUGUCACUCAGCUUCGCAAUACUUCAUCUCUUAACUGCCCGCGAUAUUUACAAUUGAAAAGUAGCCCAUACCCAGUAUGGAAAGAUCAUCUUCAAGUCCAAAGAGAUUUAGCUAACAAAGCUAAGAACAAUGGAAUUUGUCUCAAAUCUUCAAAUGUUAUAGGCAUGACCUUCAGUGGUGUCAUAUCCGUUCUUAAUAUAUCAUACUCUAAGCAGGUCUUCGUCCGUUAUACCGUUGACAAAUGGACUAGCUUCGUCGAAAUGCCUGCUCAAUUCUUGAAUAGUAACCAUCAGGAAAAAUUGGACUACUUCACUUUUUCCAUCUUCCUCCCAUCAACAAUACCUGUGGGAGCUAUGUGCGAAUUUUGUCUAAAAUACGUUUGUGAAGGAAAAGAGUUUUGGGAUAAUAAUGAUGGAUCCAAUUACGUGUUGGAGGUUCGAACUCUAGCAGCAUCCUACCUCGACAUCCAACGAGAUUUCGACCAUCCACGGUUUUAUUGA